GCAUCAACCCAGAGUCUUUAGCUUCGUCGUCCAUAUCCAUGGAGAUCUCUCUUCUACUUGUUUCUCUUGUUUUCACCCUCUCAGUAUGCUUUUUUGCCCUCUGGCGAAGAUCCACCGGCCCCAAAAAUCUACCGCCGGGGAGCUUGGGAUGGCCAAUCAUGGGCGAGACUCUGGAAUUUCUGUUUGGGAAACCAGAAAACUUUGUUUUUGACAGGAUGAGAAAAUAUUCCCCAGAUAUUUUCAAAACCAAGAUUCUGGGAGAGGAAACUGCCGUCAUCUGUGGCCCCAGCGGACACAAAUUCCUCUUCUCCAACGAACAUAAGCUCUUCACUGCAUUCCGUCCACACUCGAUGCAGAAGAUGUUCCGGUCCUACCAGGCGGCAGCUCCUGCUCAGCUAACUCGUGAUGAAGAAUCCAAAGUCAUUCGUUCCCCCGGUUUCUUGAAACCCGAAGCACUGGUGAGGUAUCUGGGCAAAAUGGAUUCCAUCACUCAAGAACAGAUGCAGAAAAAUUGGGAAGGAAAUGAUGAGGUCAAGGCCUACCCUCUGGCCAAGACCCUGACCUUGACUCUGGCAUGCCGGUUUUUCUUGGGCAUCGACAAUCCCGAGCGCAUCGCGAGGCUUGUAAGACGAUUCGACGAUAUUUCCUUGGGGAUGCAUUCUAUUACUGUGAAUUUCCCGGGGACGGUCUUUUACAGGGCAAACAGAGCAGCUGCCGCAGUUCGGAAGGAACUCAGAGUUGUAAUUAACGAGAAGAAAGCCGCCAUGGCCGCCGGAACACCUAUGCAAGACAUACUUUCUCACAUGAUCGUGGCCACUGAUCCGUCCGGAAAACACAUGCCGGAGGCUGAAAUUGCUGACAAAAUCAUGGGACUGCUAGUUGCAGGGUACAGCACUGUGGCUACCAGCAUGGCUUUCUUCAUGAAGUAUGUUGGAGAAAGACCCGAAAUUUACAACAAGGUCUUGGAAGAACAACUAGAAGUCGCGGCUGCGAAAAAAGCAGGGGAAUUGCUGGAUUGGGAUGAUAUGCAGAAGAUGAAGUAUUCAUGGAAUGUAUUGUACGAAGUGAUGAGACUCACACCUCCUCUUCAGGGUACUUUCAGAGUGGCCCUCACCGAUUUUACUUAUGCAGGUUACACCAUUCCAAAGGGUUGGAAGGUUUAUUGGACUGUAAGCACAGUAAAUAAGAACCCAGAAUACUUUCCUGAGCCUGAGAAAUUUAAUCCGUCAAGGUACGACGAUGGGAACACCUUUCCGCCAUUCACAUUUGUCCCCUUCGGGGGCGGUCCCAGGAUGUGUCCCGGAAAAGAAUAUGCACGAUUGGCCAUACUCACUUUCGUUCAUAAUGUGGUGAAGAGGUUCAAGUGGGAGGUGGUGCAUCCUAAUGAAAAGGUCAUCGGGGACAUGAUGCCGACUCCGGAGAAAGGUCUUCCAAUUCGCCUUCAACGUCACCAGGCUUAAAUUACUGUUUGGUAUCAAUUUAAAUAAUGGUAAUACCUAUCAAUCUUGACUUUAAAUGAAAAGGUCCUUUGCGAAAACAUCCUUGUGAGUUAAUAGUUGUUUUAUAUUUGUAAAAAAUUUCUCAUAUUAAUGUUUAAAGGUAUGAAAUUCGUGUUUCACCGAAAUAUUAAAAAAAAUGAGAAAAAGUUUUUUUUUUUUUUUUCCGUCAUUGUAGGUCACGUGGCCUCUGUCAAUGUA